AUGGAUAGUUGUUUUUCCUCGAAAACCAGCACCUUACGUAGUGAGAACAAUAAAGCUAAAUUUAGAGAAAAAUGUCAAGACUUGGCUAAUUAUCUAAUUCAGAACAAUAAUCCACCACGAUAUUAUGAACAAUAUAAAGUGACGUGGAAAGGAGCACUAAAUUUUUGGUUAAAAGUUUACUAUAGAGAUCUAAAUAAAUAUGGAGGUUGCCCUUUGAUUUUAGAGGAAAAAGAUAAAACUAUUUUAAAUUUAAAAUAUGAAGAAGUAGAUUUCUGUGAUAAAAAAAAAAAAGAUUUGGAAGAAAUAAAACAAUUAAGUGGAAAAUCAAAGGGUACUGAUAUAUACAUAAGUAAAUGUAAUGCAUAUAAUGAGUGGAUUGAACAGAAGUGGAAGCAUUUUGAGCAGAAGCAAAACCUUUUUGAAACAUGCUAUAAAAAAACAAGCCUAAAGAAGAAAAAAAAAGGAAGUUCAGAUUUUAUAUGCGACUUAAUGAAUCCCCAAACAUUCCAAAAAAUACCAGACUGCCCAUCUCCCAAUACAUUAUCAUCUCUUAAUGUUGAAGCUAAAAAAGCAGAAAAAGUCUUAGAAACAAAGGAUAAAGAAAAACAAGAAGAUUCAAAAGAAUCAAAUGAUCCACCUGAACUAGCCAGUCCAGCUAAAUCUGAAGAAAUAGAUCAAGAUACAAAUCAUAAUCAACAUGAACAGACAAAUCAACAAGUACCCUCAACUCAACACGAUCUACAAAUACAAGAACGGUUAUCAUCACCUGAACCUCCACCUGAGGAAGACAAAGCUGAUUUUCAAAGUUCUUCACAGUCUAAAACACUAACACUUCCCAAACCUUCCAAGUCAUCCCUAGAAGUAUCAGGUGAAUCUCUAUCACCUUCUCCAGUUCCACUAGUCACAAAACCAGACAAUGCUCCCCAAGCGACUUUAUCUUCUACAAUAUCAUCUUCCCAAUCAAGUCCUUUAGUUUCCCCUAUGCCUUCUUAUACAUUAUUAGGGAUUCUAAAAAAAAAAAAAAGAAUAAAAAAAAGACAAGUAAAAUUCCUAAGAAUACUGCUACCUUCACUCUCUAACAGAAGUGAGCAUCUAACACAAGGUCAUUUAGAACACCCAGAAUAUGAUGCCGAAGAAAUCAUAAAAAACAUAAAUAUAUAUGAAUGUAACACGAUAAAAAAGGUAAAUGCGUUAAAUCGAAAAAAUGAAAGGACUAAAACUAUUAUAGAAGUACAUUUGGAAGUACUCAAAGAAUACAGAAAAGAAGAAUGGGAAUACAGAAAAGGAGAAUUUUUAGACAUAUGCCUAGAAGUGCUCACAAAAGAGGGGCAUCGAACUAAUCCUAGUUUAACAAAUGAAGAACUAACAAUAGAAAGUAUUAAAAAUAGCAAUGACACUGUAAAAAAUAAAAUCUUAUGGAUUAAAUGGAUAGAAAGACAUAAAAAUAUUUCUGAAAAAUUGAAAAAAGUGGAAUGGUUUAAUAAUUUGAAAAAUGAAUGGAAAAAAGAAAAAUCUUACAUAAAAGAAAUGAAAGAAUUAAAAAACGAAUCAUCGAAUGAAAAUCAUAAUAUUCUACUCCUGGAAAGAGAGAAAGACAUAUGGAGGAAGUGGAUAUCAAAGAAGAGAAAGUUUAUAGAACAAUAUUUUGAACAAGACUGGUUUAAAGAAUUAGCAGAGGAAUACCAAAAUAUGCUAGAUGAAUACACAAAUGAAGAAAAAGUAAAUGAUGAGUUACCAAAAAAUAUAGAAAAAAUGGAGCACAGAGAAAAUUAUGAAGAAUUAUAUAAGUAUAUAAGAACAAAAUUACUAUCAAAAUUUUGUAUACUUGCAUAUAUGGCAAUAUUAGAAGAAUGCAAAAAAGAAGAUUAUAUAGAAAAUAGAGAAUUACAUUUAGAUAGUUCCAUAAAUGAUUGGAAAAAUGAAGAAAAUUCAGAAAAAAAAAUAAAAAUUACAGAUAACUUCAUUGAAAAGAAUAAUAACGUUUAUGAAAAUAGUAAAAAUAAGGAAAUUCAUAAUAAUAUAGGGGAAAAUCUUUUAGGGGAAAAGCUGGAAGAUUGGAUAGGAGAAGAUGAAUCAUAUGUAAAUUCCAUAUAA